UCUUCCAGCUAUGAUUCUGGAUUUCAUAUAGAUUUCUUUAUGACAGUCAAAGUUCUGUUGGGUAAGUGGAAUAAAACUUUUGGCUGAAAAUUGUUCCAAUUCAAAAGCUGAUCAGGAUAAAGAAAUCACAAAAUAAGGUGUAAUCAUAGGGGCAAUAGAAGUUUUAAAUCUUAAACUGUCAUAAUCCCAUAAGACCAUUACAUAUGUAUGAGAAAAACAUAUGCUAGUCAAGCAAUUUGGCUUGUAGUGAUCUCAUUCGUUCAUUCCUUUCUAGGACAACUUGUGGAUAAUGGCAGGAAAAUGAUGAGGUAGUCUUUGUGAAUAAGAAAUGUAUAUAAUGAGGCAUUUGGUUAGAAUCAAUUCCCCACCGAAAGAACUCUCAUUGCCUUGAAAAUCCAAGAUUUGUUGUAUGCACAGGUCACUUUUCUUCAUGAUGACUCAAAAGUUUCAGCACCUAAACAUUAACAUUGGGUUUGGAAUUAGAUUACUCAUCGCUGACUUUUACUACUGUUGUUUGUCUCCAGGAGCCCAUACAGUUAUUCUAUAUUUGUCUGCAACAUGUCCCAUCAUAAUUCCUGCCUGUCUGCAUUCUUCAUUUGUCUAUAAUUUAAUUAGACUUGUUUGAUCUCCAAAUAAUUAUUAUUACAGAAUUCUUUUUGGCACAUAGUCAUAGAAGCAGCUUUAGACUCAAACUCUGAGGUGAUCUGGUGGAGGCAUUCUUAUACAUUAUUUGAGCACAUUUUGGGUCUUGGUGUUGAAAGGAUCCAGAGUUUUUAAGUCAUGAUGGCCAACAUGCCUCCAGAGCAUUGUUAUUGCAGAAAGAUCAUCUCCUGCACCACUCUGAUUAUGUUCUUGUCCCUUGCAUUGCUUCUAGAGCCUUCUUCAGCCUCUGCUCACAGACUCAGAGGGAAGGAAAAUACAUUGGUUUUACAAGAAAUGGAAGGAUACCCACUUCAAAAAGUGCAGGUUCCAGGAGCUUUGUCAUCCCAGAUUGCAACUUCCAAGCAUUCUAGAAGACAAUCAAUGACAAAAAGGGCUAGGGGUCUACAUGAAGUUCAUUCUGGACCCAACCCAAUAAGCAAUUAUUUUCCCAUGCAAAUUCAUGAAAAGAUAAAAAAAAUUAUACCAAGACCCAAGAACCCAUGAUCAUUUUUUUCUUCUUCUUCCCAUGUAUUUAUCAAAGCAGCACAAACAGAAUGUAAGAAAAACAAUACAUAUAGCUUAUAUACUAAAAGCUGGAGGUGCAGUAAUUUGAUCCCAAGGGGAUCUCCCUGAUUUUUUUGUACUGUGAAGAGUGUAAUAUAAGCCAAGAAGUAAGUUAAUGA